CGGUCACACUGCGCGCGCACGCUGAGACGCGCGCACCCCACACACACGCGCGUGCACGCGCACACGUGCACACACGCGCACACCGCACGCACACACGCGCGCACGCCAGAGGAAACGUGCACACGGGACAAUGGGCUGUUAGGAAGCGGACGCAGUUGUAAGUUAAAGCGGAGAGAGAGAGAGAACUCACGCCAAACUUUUGUUUUGUAUUUGCGUUCGCGAGCCGAGGACAUCUCUACCCCCCGCCCGCCCGCCCGCCUCACUCCCGUCUCGCUCUUUGUAGCGCCAGUGGCUGAUGCCGUUCUCGUAAAGGAGUGGAACCACAUCGAGUGAUGACCGUCGUUUGAGCGCGGGAGCGAUUUGGCGAGUUGACGACCAGAAGAAGAAGAAGAGAGAUAGAGAGGUGGUGGUGGGGAGGGAGAAAAAAUAAAACCCCGAGGGGGCUCAACAUGCGAGCGGGAGGAGGAACGGCGGUGGCCACCGUCCGGGCGUUUCACCUGCCCAGCGUCUUCUCCAUCACCACCACCACCAUCAUCGUCGUCGUAGCCAUCGUCCAGCAACUGCUCACGCGGUCCGCGCACGGCUUCCACGUGCACGGCAAGUUCCAGUUCGGCGAGAAGACCAACAACUUCGCCGUGGACGGCGUCUUUCGCAAGGUGUACGUGGGGACUGUGAACAACAUCUACCAGCUGAGCGACACGCUGCGUCGAGAGGACAGCGUCUCCACCGGGCCGGUCAACGACAGCAUGCUGUGCCACGCGCCCACCGUGUCCCCCACGUGCGUGCACGAGCGCACCAGCACGGACAACUUCAACAAGCUGCUGGUGGUGGACUCGGAGCAGCAGAUCUUGCUGAGCUGUGGCAGCGUCCACCAGGGCGCGUGCGAGGUGAGGCGCCUGGGCAGCAUCGUCGACGUCGUCGUGAGUACGGAAAAGCUCAACACCAAGAACCUGUACAUGGCCUCAAACCACGCCGACGCGCCCACCGUGGGCGUACUGGUGAGGAUCGACGGCAGCAAGUACGGCAUCAUGGUCGGGGCAACGUUCACGGGGCAAGGGUCGGACUACUGGAAGCCGUCGGGCAGUCCGCCGGACUACCGCUACGAGAACACGCCCGAGAUCGCCUUCAGGAGCAUGAACGUGAGCGAGAAGGAGAGGCUCUUCAGCUACGAGUACGACUCGGAGGAGAGCAUCUUCAAGAUCAGCGGCGAGAACAAGGUGAGGAGCAAGCUGCAGUUCGUCGACAUGUUCGCGGUGGACAACUACGUGUACAUCCUGGUCAACAACAACACGGGCGACGCCAAGGAGAACAACUACAAGACAUCCAUCGUUCGCAUCUGUCUCAGCAACACGCGCAUUCACGAAUCGUACGUGCAGCUAAGCAUCGACUGCGGCGAGAAGUACGACAACAUCCAGUCGGCCUUCGUGAGCCGCGACCUCCUCUACGUCCUCUUCAAGAGCUUCAAGAACGGCAGCACCAUCGUGUGCGAGUUCCCCCUGGGCGACAUCGACACCCGGAUCGCCAAUGCUCGCAAGGACUGUUUCACCCGUCACUUGCCCGUCAUGACCGCCCUGGAUUUCAAGAUGGACAAGUCGGAGACGUGCAAAAAGGCCGGAACGACCUCCACGCUGACGCUGACCCCCGAGCAAGCCAACUGUGGUGGGACUCACAUGGAAAACCUGCUGGUGGUGCUGGCACCUGUGAGCGGCCGUCUCGUCUUCACGCAGCCCAACCUCACGGCCGUAGCGGCGAUCAGGCUGCACGGCUUCACCGUGCUCUUCCUGGGCAACUCCACGGGUCAUCUCAUAAAGGCAGUCAAAGGUGACGCUGGCAGCGGCGUGAAGGUGAUGGACACGGAGCUGCUCGAUUACGGGAACCCAGUUCACCCCAACAUGCUCUUUGACCCGGCGGACAACAGUUUCCUGUACGUCAUGACCUCCAGCAAGAUCGGGCGAGUGAAGGUGACGCGCUGUGCCCACCACACUUCGUGCGCAAGCUGCCUGCACGCCGGGGACCCGUACUGCGGCUGGUGCACGCUGCUGGGCAGAUGCACGUUGCAAAAUAGGUGCCCUAACUCCAGCAUGGCCUCACACUGGGUGGACAUUGGCUCUGGGAUGACUCUGUGUCCUACUCUGGAGUUUACCACCACGUACAUCAACGCGGAUGAGAGACCGCAGGAGGUCAAGGUUCAGGUGUCAGGCCUUGUCCCUGAGCUCAAAGACUUGGACUUGUGGUGUGAGUAUGAGGCGACCAAAACCAAGCUCAGCUACGUAAACUCCACGUUGGCCUGCAGCCUCCCACCACCCUCCAACCUCUCUCAGCUCUCCUCAAACGAAGGUUCCUGGACGGUGACAGUCUUCAUGGUGCACAACCAAACCCGAAUACUGUCAGGCAACGUGACAUUCUACAAGUGCUCAAACAUCGGAGCGAUACAUGUGAACAUUCCUUGCACCAGCUGCACGGACAGAAGAUGGGCCUGCCACUGGUGCGCCGGCGAGCACAGCUGCGUGUCCGCGCCGUCGCAGUGCUCCGACGUCAGUAACGUGGUUACGGAUGCAAGUGCUUGCCCCCGCAUCACGGCCUCUUCCAGCGCGCGGCAGCCCUCCGCGAGUGGGAGCACGACAUCCCUCUUCCUCAACACCACCAACACCAAGGCCAUCAAGGACAAGAAUGUGAAGCUUGUGUGCAAGAUUGGGACGAAAAUCAUCGUAGAUGCAGAAUGGGUCGACGCAGACACCAUCAGAUGUUCUCCCGUAAAGCUGACAACCAACAUGAUAUCGGAAAUAUUUCCGGUGAAUUUGGCUUGGAAGAGCAACGGUGCUUCAGUUGACAACCCAGAUAACAUACAAGUGGAGGUUUACACGUGCGGUGGAGCAACCGUGGACUGCGGCCAAUGCUCGGCCAUGCGUCACCGGCAGCUGCGGUGCGAGUGGUGCGCGACGGCCGACGACGCCGCCCCCGGCUGCAGGCUCAACACCACGUGCCGGCAGCCCAUCGGGGAGUGCCCGGCGCCGGUCGUGACACAGAUUUCUCCCCAGAGUGGUCCACUCCAAGGAGGCACUCGCGUCACCAUCACGGGCAGCAAUAUGGGCGGCCGCUUUGAGGACAUUGAGCAAGGGCUCUUCAUCGGAGGAGCCCGCUGCAGCCCGCUGAAGGAGUUCUACGAAGUGUCCAAGCGCAUCGUGUGCAUCACGAGUCGCAGCAACGUCACCGGGAGCCAGGUGCACGUGCACGUGAAUGGGAGAGUGUCGGAGUCCACCGUCACUUACACAUACACGGACCCCAAGGUGGACAAAGUGGAGCCCCUGAAGGGGAUCAAGGCUGGUGGCACAGUGGUCACCAUCAGGGGGAGGGACCUGGACGUUGGCUCCAGUCUUGAUGUCCGACUUGAUGCGAACAAAUCCUGCACGAUACUCAAUAAAAUCAGCACGGUGAUCAAGUGCAAGAUGCCAGAAUGGGACAGCGUUGGCGAGACAAACAUCUGCCUGCACUGCGAUGACAGCAGGCAGUGCCUCUUGGAAAAGACGGAUAAAUUCAAAAUCAUCGACAACCCCAUGGUGGUGAAGCUGCACCCGUACAAGAGCCACAAAGAGGGAGGACGACAAAUCCAGGUCUCCUUGACGGGCGAAGUCGUGGCGCAGAAAGUGGCUAUGAGCAUUCACCUGGACAGCACGGAAGUGAGCAAAUGCAACAUCUCGUCGUCGUCGAAAGAGCCGAUGAUCGAGUGCCCGUCCCCGCGGCUCAACAGGACGACGGGCAGCCGUCUGCGGGUCAAAGCGCAGUUCCAUUUCGACAACCACAUCAGCAUCCAGGACUUUGACUACUACGAAAACCCACGGUUUGAGUUGAUCAACAAGCCGACGCUGCAGAAGAAGGAGCUAAUCCAGCUGACGUUCAAGAAUUUCUCUUCAAACUUGGACCUCGCGUUGUCAGAGAUCUACAUCUUUGUCGGCCACGUGCCUUGCCUGAGCCUUCAAUUCUUGGACAACAAGGACAGAUUCACCUGCUCCGUCAACCUCUCCACCGUGGAGGACUCGUCUCUGCCGGUGACAGUUCAGGUCGGGCACUACAAGGAGAUGGUGGAAAUGCUGACGGUGGAUAAAUCCAACUUGACGACUGCCAUUGCUCUCUUCCUGGCCCUGCUCAUCGUCUGCAUAAUUGUGUUGGUGAUGGUGUUUUACAUCAAAAACAAGAGAGCCAAGCACAACCUGCAGAAAAUCCUCGUGCAGAUGGAGGAGAUGGAGGCGCAGAUCCGAGACGAAAUCCGCAAAGGAUUCGCGGAGCUGCAGACGGACAUGACGGACCUGGCGUCGGAGUUCAACGGCAACCAGGGCAUCCCCUUCCUCGAGUACAAGCACUUCGCCAUCAGGAUUCUGUUUCCGGAGACAGUGGAGCAGUUUCACACAGUAUCACGCCGACUGCGCAGAAUCCCCGCCACCGACAGCGCGCUCGUGCUGGACCAUCCGCUCUUCGCCGCCGAGUGGAAGGUUCCCGAAUUGCGUAGGCAAAUGAUGGAGGAGGGAAUCGGCAUUUUCUCCACGCUGCUCAACAACCAGAAAUUCCUCAUCACGUUCAUCCACACGCUGGAGCAGCAGAAGGAUUUCACGGUCAAGGACAGGUGCUACCUGGCGUCGUGGCUCACGGCGGCACUGCAGGGCAAGCUCGAGUACUACACAGCCGUGCUCAAGGAGCUGCUCGUCGACCUCAUCAGGUCGUCCACCAACAAGCACCCCAAGCUCAUGCUGCGCCGCACCGAGUCCGUCGUGGAGAAGAUGCUCACCAACUGGAUGUCCAUCUGCAUGUACGGCUUCCUGCGGGACCGAGUCGGGGAGCCGUUCUUUCUGCUGCUCACGGCCAUUCGGCAGCAGAUCAGCAAGGGGCCGGUGGACGCGGUCACGGGCCGUGCCAAGUACACGCUGAGCGAGGACUGGCUGCUGCGCGAGAACAUCGAGGCGACCCCCCUGAACAUCAACGUGUCCUUCCAAGGCUGCGGUAUGGACUCGUUGGCCGUCAAGGUCCUGGACUGUGACACCAUUGGGCAGGUGAAGGAGAAGAUCUUGGACGGAUUCUACAAAAACUCACCUUGCUCCGUGAGACCGCGCGUCGAAGACGUCGACCUAGAGUGGUUCCCCGAAUCCGGCGGGAGCAUCAUGCUGCGGAACCUGGUGGACAUCUCGCAAGUAGAAGGGGAGAAGCAGAAAAUAAACCGCGUGUCCGUCUACCAGAUUCCUGAUGGGGCGUCUUUAGCGCUGAGCUUCAAGGACAAGAAAAACAUCUGUCCGAACGAAGAUAACGUUAAGGACAAUGACAACUAUUUCCACCUGGUGACUCCAGCUGAUGAGAUGAUGGAGGUUAAGAAGUCUAAAUCUCAACAAGGAAAAAGAAAGAAAGUCCUGCCUGAGGUUUACCUCACAAGGCUUCUGUCGACGAAGGGCACGCUGCAGAAGUUUGUGACCGACCUCUUCCGGGCGAUCCUCACGUACCCGACAGAGCAGCCGCCCAUGGCCAUCAAGUUCUUCUUCGACUUCCUCGAGGAGCAGGCGGAGAGUCGGGGAAUUGUGGACCCGGAAACCGUGCACAUCUGGAAGACCAACAGCCUGCCCCUGCGCUUCUGGGUGAACAUCCUGAAGAACCCGCAGUUCGUGUUCGACUUGGAGAAGACCACGCACAUGGACGCCUGCCUGAGCGUCAUUGCGCAGGCCUUCAUCGACGCCUGCUCCCUCUCGUCGCUCACCCUUGGCAAGGACUCUCCCACGAACAAGCUGCUCUACGCCAAGGAGAUCCCCGAGUACAAGAGCCUGGUGUUCGAGUACUACAAAGACAUCCAGCAGCUGCCCAUGCUGAGCGAACAGGAAAUGAACUCGUACAUGGCCGAGGAGUCGAUGAGGUACACCAAUGAGUUCAACACCAACUACGCCAUGUCAGAAAUAUACAAGUACGCAAAGAGGUAUCGACACGAGAUCGUCGACUCACUGGAAGAGAAUCUGACGACGCGCAAGAUGCAGCUGGCCCACAAGUUUGAGCAGGUCAUCGUCCUCAUGGAAGACAACAUCUAUGAAACCUGCAGCGAAGUGUGAGCCCCUUCGCCAAGCAGCGCCGGGCCCAGAGCAUCAGGUGGACCGACUGUGUGGCCAAAUCUCUCUCAAUCUUUCAUUGGUUCUUGGAAAUAAUGCAAAGAAGCGUGACUUAUUUUUCCAAGACCGCCUCUCCGGAAACACUGGGUGGACCGACCUACAUUGGGUGAACGAGCUACUGCCAAUUCAUGCCGAAUGCUCCUGAUCUCAUCGGAUCUCGGAAGCUAAGCAGUGCUUUGACGUUGCUUAGCGCUUAGAUGGGUGACGACCACCGGGGCUUGCCAGGCGUUGUAGUUGUGGAGUUGCACGGCGUCGUCAGGAGAUGGCAUUGUUGAGUGUUAUCCCCCGUGUCUAAUGCGUGGUGGGUUUUCUCUGCGCACUCAGGUUUUCCUCCAAAGAUGAAGCUAAACACCCAAUGUAGCAGGAGCCUGCUGAAAAAUAUAUAUUUGCAUUAGCAUUGCUAUUUUAUUUUACAGGUUGCGCUUUCAUUAUAAUAACGUUUCGUUUUUGCAAAGCGUCGUUCAAUCAAAUUGCAUCUCACGAUCGGUGGGGAACCGCAGACAAGCUGUGGAGGGAAGCUUCUGAAUUGUUCGAUUGAAAGAGCACAUUUCACAGCUGAUACAUUGCCCCGUUCUGUGGUUGCAUCGAAGCGUUCGUGUAACCGAGUUACGCCCAGCGUCGAUAAAUAAUGGGCAGCUCGCUAUUUACAUUUGCACGACAGACCACUUCAACUGUGAAACGAAGGAUUUCACCCAAUGACGUGGCAAGGCAGUGCCGGGGAAGUGAUGAGAGAAGAGUGAUAGUUUUCUGUUGGGUAAGUGAAUUUACUCCACCAUGGAAUUUCUGCAAUUUGCAUUCAGCCAAAAAAGGGUGAUGACUCCCGUCCAAUGUGCUGGGCCUGGUUUGUCGAGUGGUGUGGAGUGCGCAAAACCUGUAAGUCAAUUUUUGCUGCGCAAAAAAAAAUGUAUACACGAACGAUGCAGUCUGCGGAGAUUGCACUUUAGCCAUGCAAUUGCCUUGUAUUGCUUCCUGUUUAAAAAUGCAGUGUUUAUUGGCGACAGAAUGAUCAGUUUGGGAGGUGGAGCUGUGCCCUAGGUUAAUGUGAAGUGCGGAAGUCUGCCCGUCGAAUGGUUCGUAGGCAUGUAACGAAGCAUAAUUUCACGAAUUGAAAUUGAUUCUCGCAGCAUCGGAUCGUGCACGGAAGGAUAAUUUAUUGGUAAUUCACGCACGAUACAUAUGCGAGUGAUAUGUAAAAAGCACACGGUCUUUGUUUACGUGCAAAAAACCAUCAGAAUUUACUGAAGAAGUCGAAAUUGUCUUAGAUCACCAUCAAUAUAAAUAUAAGCAGAAGAGGAGCACAAUGCAAUUAUUCAGGAAAUGCUAAUGAUUUUAUUGCAUAUGCACAAAGGCUGUGUACUUUUGACACAUUUUACGACCUUGAUUGAAGCUCGGGGUGUUUCAGCCUGCACCAUGAUUCUCUUGUGAUUGGGGUUUUCUCGUCAUUACAGUUUUGAUCACCUAAUCGAAAAAGAAAACAAAAUUCUGGACAAAUUAGACCAAUAAAAGAAACCACGCAAACGCCAUACGAUGAAGAAGUUUAAGUAAAAUUGUGACCAAGAAUCGUGACAAUUCAUCGAAUUGCCGGGGUCAUCUAUUGUUCCAUGCCUUGUGAUAAACAAUCUGUAAAAGUACUCUUAACCUGAGGCACUUGCUUUGUCUACAACGACACAGGCUGAAGCACGUAAACAUUACAAACCGGUGCCCUCAUAAUGUCCAGAUGUGGUAGCUGAGUCGUGUCCAUCCAAGGCGAAACGAAGCAUCGAUUCAGCCAGUAAUGGCCAUGAUCGAGCUCGGGAUAUGUGCGACGAGUCGCGCGUUUAAGAGUCGAUGUUUGUUGGUUCGUAUAUAUGGGGCCGUCCAUAAAUGACGUCAUGCACCUGGGGGGGAUCAGACAUUUGUGACGAUGUGUGACGGGGGGUUGAGAAAUGUGACGUCACAUCAAAAUGCUCAACUUUAAAUAAAUAUAGACAACACGUUCUACUUAAUUAAAUAUACUUUUUUAAAUAAAUAUUUUCUCCUACAACAUCAGAGUGCAGCGCCACAUUAAAUACGCACUACAAUGACAAUAGUUUAAAGCGAUUUGAAGCAUGUUUUAUUUUGACUGGGGGGGGGGGGGUGCAGAGCUUUGUGACGUCAUAUUUGAGGGGGGGUCGGACUUUUUGUGACGCCGUGUGACGAAGGGAGGGUCAAAAAUUGUCCAAAAUCGCGUGACGUCAUUUAUGGACGGCCCAUAUGUUGUAAGCAAUGGGCUCACCGAUACACAAUGUGAAACACUUGAUUCAUUACACAUGAAUCAACUUGUGACCCUGAAUGAAGACAAAUUAUCGAGUGUCCAGACAAAUGUUGAAUAUUGGUUGAAUUCGCUAUGCCCCUAUUGCAUCGGAUGGCACGCGUUUAUAAUCCAGCAGAGUUGUGGUAGUUGAGUUGUACUCGGAUUAGGGUUCGUAGUCUAGUGUAGGGUUCUUCACCUGGCAGCCCACCGGCCACCAAUGGCUUACCAAACUAUUGCCUGCCGAGACAUACAUGUAUGCAGAUUAGUGAGAUUACGAGAUAACCCAGAGAGAAAGAGAGAGAGAGAUGAAAGAGCUGGAGACGAGAGCUCCAACAUGGGUGGUCACGUACAGACGCCACGACGUCACGACACCGCGUGACGUCAUGACGUCUGUGCACAUGACACUAUGACGGGGACCUACGUCACGUCGCCUGGCAGCACGUGCUCAUUUUUUGUCACGUGGGCCGUCGAAAAAUCUAGCUGAAGAACCCCGAUGUCGAGAGUUAUGCCCUGUGCGAGACUGCAACUUGCGGCACAGAAAAUAGCCCCAUGACUUGUAUCGCAGAGUGUGAGGGCCCUUUCCUCAUGUGUGAGGAUUUUCCCCGGACGCUCCGGUUUCUUCCGAUACGCGGAAAUGUUUGACAGAGGAACUGGGCAGACAUCCCAAAGCAGGAUGUUCCUGGUGGAAAAAAAAAGAGUAUUGAUGACUACUACCUUUUUCAGCAGCACCCUAUUGCACUCCCAACGCAGUCUUUUAUAUAUAUAUAAACAUUUCUCUACACGUGUAGAAUUUUCCGACAAAUUUGUUUCGCGCAACGAUUUUUGAGACGAGUACACGCAGCCACUGACACUGCUCACCGAUGUGUUUGUGGGGAUCUUGCCGCUGUGUUUGUUCGGCACGAUGAGCCGACGUUUCGCUCCACGUACCGGGCGCUUCUUCGAUUGAGAAAAACGACGGACAACGUGCCGAACAACAACAACAACGCGCCCCGGAAACGCGCCAAAGAGCUUUACGUCCACAACUACAAAAACAAAACCUUACGUAGUGAUAGUUGCUAGCAUUGGUGUGAAAAAAAGUAAAUGUGGAAACGAGGGUUUGAUAAGGAAUGGUGCCCACAGACUCGAGAUUGAAAAUGUAGUGUUUCUGUUUGGGGCAAACCUGAAAUCGUGAGAAUGUAAAUUUCGAUUUAAAGCUUUCGUGA